AUGGAGACACAGUUUGCAAUCAAGAAAGACGCUACUGAAUUAAUAGGGAAUACUCCAUUGGUACAUCUUAACAACAUUACUGAAGGCUGUGUUGCUCGAAUCGCUGCUAAGCUAGAAUACUUGCAAUCCUGCUGCAGUGUUAAAGAUAGAAUAUCGUUAAGCAUGAUUGAAGAUGCUGAAAACAAAGGCCUAAUUACUCCUGGAAAGACUGUUCUUAUUGAGCCUACAAGUGGUAACACCGACAUAGGAUUGGCGUCGAUAGCAGCACUGAGAGGCUAUAAGCUUUUAGCGACUAUACCGUCUUAUGCGAGCCUUGAGAGAAAAAUUAUUAUGCGAGCUUUCGGAGCAGAUGUAUAUUUGACAGAUCCUGCUAAAGGAGUUGAUGGUGUUUUUGAGAAAGCGGACGAGCUAUUAGCGAAGACGCCUAAUAGUUUUAUACUCAAUCAAUUUGAAAACCCUGCCAAUCCAAAGAGCAAGUUGGGCUCAUUGCUGCUCCGACCUGCAGUUAUUAUGGUGAGACAUUCAGCCAUAUUUUCUUUCAAUCAAAACACCAUUUCACCAUAUCAUAAUGUACUCAGGGAGAUAAUGGAGGAAAUAAAUAAGUUGGAACGAGACAUGCCGGAUCUCAGGUCAAAAAACGGAAGCCAUUUUGGUUGUAACUCAUAG